GUGUGGUGGUGGUGCUCUCUUGGUAAAUGUGAAUUCGGCACACAUCUUCCUUUAGACGAGAAACAAAGUUUUCGGGCGAAAUGGCUACGAGCAGGAUAAACAUUCUUGCAAGGUCUUUCUCAAGUUCCUCUGUGGCACAGCAAAUGGUCAAGCCACCUCUACAAGUAUUUGGCGUGGAGGGUCGUUAUGCUACUGCACUAUAUUCAGCUGCCAGUAAACAAAAGUCGUUGGAUGCUGUUGAAAAAGAUUUGCUCAAAUUUCAGGGUCUUUUGAAAACGGACAAAAAGUUGUCUGAAUUUAUCAAGGAUCCAAGCAUCAAGCGCCAAACUAAGGCUAGUGCUUUCCAAAAAAUUGGCUCCAACUUUAACCCUGCCACAGCUAACCUUCUGGGUCUCCUUGCUGAAAAUGGAAGGCUGUCAAAUUUGAAUCAGAUAAUUAACUCGUUCAAGCUCAUCAUGUCAGCUAGUAGGGGAGAAGUUUUGUGCGAAGUGACAUCAGCCAAGCCCCUUGAUGCCGAGAGCAAGGGAAAAUUAGAGGCUGCUUUAAAAUCAUUCUUGAAAUCGGGUCAGAACAUUCAGUUAACGACAAAAGUGGAUCCCAGUAUCAUUGGUGGUCUGGUUGUGUCGAUUGGUGAUAAAUAUGUCGAUAUGAGUGUUGCUACCAAAAUUAAGAAAUACACGGAAGUCAUUAACGCUGCUGUUUAAAUAUUCUACCAUUUACAUUACGUGUAAUAAUUUUUGCGACAUAUUAGAAAUGUCUUUAAAUAAAUAGAUGUUAAAGAAAAAA